AGAGCCGAGAGGUGAUGUCGAGGAACUUGAAAACUCCGUCAUGGCGGAAAGGUUGUGAUCGGAGACUGCUCAUAUUCUUCACUGUUUUGGUUCGCACUAAAUCCCCGUGAAACACGUUGUGCUCAAAGGAAAAAAAGCAACUUCCAGUGGAUGGUCAUUAGAAAGAAUAUUUAGAGAGUGGACUCGAGGAAAAGUGUGUAGUACAACGAACGCUGUCGAUCGGCUGUUAUUUGGACGUUGCCAAAUCUCUGCUGUGUUUGUACGAAAGCAGGCCGUUGGAAAAAAACGUUGAUACCACAAACUUGAUUUACAGUUCCCAGGUCCUGAUUACUAUCGAACUAGCAUUUAUUUUGCAUUGUCAAGGGGGAGUCUGAGUUGCAGAAACUAGUUUCGAUUGUGACAUCCCUGACUUUGUUUUCUAUUGUACGUUACUAAACGUUUUGACUCUUACAGCUGUAGAUCUGGUUUGUCCUUCGAUAGUAGAGAGAAGAACAAUGGACGUGUGAAGGGCUGAAGAGUUAGUGCUGGUGAAAGAAACCCGAUAAAGGAAGCCGACUACAUACAAGCAAGGUUUCUUGAAGUGUUGCUUGAAAAUCGGAAUCUUGUCGCCCUGUGUCACUUCUCUUUCUUGUUUUUGAUCAUUGUUGAUCAUUGUUGAUUUCUGCCGCCUAGAGAGCUUUGGAAUGCUCAAUUUCGCCAGUGCCUCUUUCCGUUGUCAUGACCAUGUUUAACUAAUAUCUCACUGAACGUGCAUGGAAAUAACCUGAUCAUCGCUCGAUGGAAAAGUACGAGAAUUUAGGCUUAGUCGGGGAAGGCUCGUACGGAAUGGUGAUGAAAUGCAGGCACAAGGAAUCGAAUCAACUUGUGGCGAUCAAGAAGUUCAUAGAAUCUGAAGACGAUAAGAUGGUGAGGAAAAUAGCACUGAGAGAAAUAAGAAUGCUCAAGCAAUUACGACAUGACAACCUUGUUAACUUGAUAGAGGUUUUCCGUCGAAAGAAGCGGCUGUUCCUUGUGUUUGAAUUUGUGGAUCAUACAGUGCUUGAUGAAUUGGAGAGAUAUCCUAAUGGCCUGGAUGAGAACAAUGUCCGCAAGGUGUUAUGGCAAGUGCUGAGGGCUCUUGAAUUCUGCCAUAAUCAUAAUAUUAUCCAUAGAGAUGUCAAACCAGAGAACAUUUUGGUGUCAUCUAAGUCUGGUGUAGUCAAGCUGUGUGACUUUGGCUUUGCCAGAACUCUAGCUACUGGCCCAGGUGAGGUUUACACAGAUUACGUAGCUACCAGAUGGUAUAGAGCUCCUGAGCUACUUGUAGGAGACACUAAAUAUGGCAGAGCUGUAGAUGUGUGGGCAGUAGGUUGUUUACUAGCGGAGAUGCUAACAGGAGAGCCAUUGUUUCCUGGGGAUUCAGAUAUUGAUCAACUUUAUCAUAUCAUUACCAAGAUUGGUAAUCUUACAAACAGGCACAGAGAAAUUUUCCACAGAAAUCCCCUGUUUGUUGGCAUGAAGCUACCAGAAGUAAAAGAAGUGGAACCCAUUGAGAAAAGGUUUCACAGGGUUUCUUCUGCUGCCAUGGACAUACUGAAGCUGUGUCUCAAAAUGGACCCUGGUGAGAGACCGUAUUGUUCACAGCUUCUAAAACAUGACUUUUUCAAGAAAGAUAACUUUGGUGAGAAGUUUGCUCAAGAACUUAAAGCAAAAAUAACCAGAGAAACUGCAGAGAAUCCCCUUCUGAAGUCAAUAAAUGGAAGGCAUGACUCCAAAGAUGAAAGUGCAGAAGAAAAAGCAAGAAGAAAAAGGAGGAAGGAGAAGGAACGUGAUGCAAAAGAUCAACGAGACAGAGAAGCAAGGGAAACCAAGGAAUCAAAGAAAUCCGAGGCUAAAGAAGUUGUUAAAGAAACUAAAAAGCACAAAGAACCCAAGGAGCAUAAGGAGAGUACAAGCUUGGAGAAGCAGAGUAAAAAGGCUUCUCAUUUGCCAUCAACAUCACAAAGUUCUUCUGUAUUACAACAAGAACUAACAAACGCAGCAGCAUCACGCCAAUCAAACUCGCCUCCACACAUCCUGCAUUCUACUGCAGGUGCCUCGACGUCAAAUGUACCGACAUCUUUAUACGGUGGCAUGUCAGGACCUUCGGCACCUACUGUCCCGCUUGAUACUUUUGUGACUGGACCCCCGCACGGGAAACAGUUGUCUCCUAUACAAAGUGCUAGCACGCUUCAAAAUUUUCCCACCCAGCCAGAGCCUACUGGGGCAGCACUGUCAAGAGGCUCUGUUGGUACAAUUACAACUUCACCAGGAACAUCGACCAAAGGUGGCAGUUCACACGCCAUAAGUUUAUCAAAAACAAAUAUUGGAUUAGGUGUGGUUGGACCUCGGCACGAGUCUCCACCCGGCCCUCCUCCAUUCAGAGUUGUAAAUGACAGCAAACUAAAGAAAACGCCUCCUUCAUACUCUAAAAAGACAAGUGUCCCUCCACCAAAUCAUCAUAGCACACCAUUAUAUUCCACAUCCGACUCUUAUUAUGAUCAAAAAACUUCAAGUAACUUUGACCUCGGCAGCAGGCAUAGUGAAAGAUCAUCGUUAGAGUCAAACUACAAAAAGAAACGGGAUAAAGACAAGGAAAAGGAGAGAGAACGGUCGAGAGGAGAGAAUGAGUUUCCGCAUUUACCCGAUGUACCAGGAGCAGAAGCCAAGAACAGCCUUAAGACUGGAAAGAGCUCUAAAAGUGUUAAAACUUCAAUCUCGAUGAUGCCUCACAUUACAAACUUAACUCCUUUCCAGAAUGGCACAUCACAACGGCAGAGCACACCUCCUGGUUAUCAUCAAGGAAACAGUCACGACUCUAAUCUACCGUCCGUAUGAGGCAAGGCAACACCAGAACACAAUGAUCUAGGCAAUAGUGCCGAACUAGCUCUAAGUAUGGUUAAAUGUAAGUUAAGAAAUUGUAGUGUUUAAUCAUUAUUUUAGUUGAAUUAGUUGUAGUUACAUAGCCUCUCAGAGUACUUGUAUAGAGGAUCAGCUGAGGCUUGUUUUAUAACCACAGCGUUCAUAUGACAGUUAUGUCACCAAAAGAUUAUUAACGCAUAUUUUUUAACCGUACGUGGAGAGGGAAAUAACUGUUAAAGAAAUGAGCAAUGUUUAUUGUUGUUGUAUUAUUCGUGCUUUUCACAGUAAAUUUCGACGCUGUAUUCGUCAUACGUAACUUAUUCAAAGGAACAGUACAAAUUUAUGUACAAGUACUGAAUUAUAUGUACAAGAAAUACGACCCAAGUUGUAACUUGGUUACGAACCAACAAAUUAAAUGUUAUGAAAUGUC